UCCGUCUUGGUCCCGCCUCACCUUCGAGUUCGAGAACCUUGGACCGACGGCCAACGGCCAACGCCAACCUGGAGGCUCACAUCAUCAUCAUCAAGACUCCUUGCCUCGAUAUGCUUGCAAUGCUGCAUAGGAUUCCUUCGCCUUCUAUUGGCUGGUCGGCCACUGAAGCAGUCCACUCGCCUGCUUGCACAUGCACGAGGACUCAUGGCGCCUGCCCCAAAAUGGACCGUGAUUGCUUCGACACCACAGCACGUUGUUGACAUGAGCAAGCGAGAAUGGUGUUUGGCCAUGCAUUCUCUGAUCCAAAUGACAGGUCACCGCUCACACGGGCACACAGAUCCCCACGGAAAACAAAACUUGGAGUUGCACCAUUUACCGCUUUCAGCCUCCAACCUGCCCGCCCACUGCACAAGACAGAUCGCAAUCCGUGUGGUGUAGCCGUGCUUGUCCCAUGACAGCACAUCUGCCACGAGGUGACAGGCAGCACAGACAGCACUGGAAACCUCCAGCGCCAGAACACCAGAACACCAGUCUGGACCCGAGUCAACGAUAGGGGCGCUUGGGACUACCCGUUGGUGAUGUCAACAAAUGCAGUGACCCUAUUCAAAACGGUGCGAUGACGUCCUACACACGCACCCAACCAUUCGCCGCACUCCCGCCUCUGCUCAGGACGUGUCGGAUUCUGAUCGAUGCCGGGCGAGGACGACCUCUAUGCGACCCGUCCCUACCUGUCACCACGGGCUGGUGCAGCGACAACUUGGGCUUGUCAGACCACGCACGCUGUACCUACCUCGCUGGAUCGCAGAGCCUUUCGUACUCCUUUCCUGUUAUGGAUUAUGCCUCAUUGAAAUAGCCUAAACCUCCUCUAUGGGAGCAAGACGGUGAUAUUGCCAUGUCGCACGCACGCGGCUGGUUCUUGCUUGACAUGGACCUUGAGUGCACAACGCUUCUGCUGUCUCUGAAUAGCUUCGAUACAGCUGCACGACUGGUGAUCUAGUGUGACCCUGCGGCUUUCCCUAUUCUGUCUGCCUGCCUCUACUUCCGGAGCAGCCUUUCCUUUUGUUUCACGCUCGGCCUCGGCCCCUUGUCGGCGGCCCACGAGGGCCCAGCAGAGCCUCCGGUCUACCGCCUCCCGGCCGACAUGGGGGCUUUGGGGAGGGCCUUUGGGGAGCUUCAGCAAGCGCCGCCACGGGACUACGCGCGGGUUAUGUGCAGAGUCCAGCUUACUGUACUUGCGUUUCUUUUUGCAGCUCUCUGCGGAUGGCUGCCAUGCUUCCCUUCCCGUUGGCUCUGGGGGCAGGGGUUGCUACGCCGCCCAUCCUUCGUCUCAGUCGCGGCCUGUCAGCCCGCGGCCCAGCCCGCGACGGCUUCAAACCGCUCGCAGGAUUCGGCCCCCAGCGAGCUAAAUUUGGGGAAACACCCUCAGCCGGGCAAUUCUUUCCCAUGUCUCCAGCCUGGGUACUCAAUCGAGUCGGUGAGCACCCUUGGACACGCAGGUCGUCCCCCGUCUCGUCCCGGCUGUUUGACGCUUGACCGUCAAACCCGACCUUCGAAACAAUAACGACCUCGUUUCCCGGCUUGCAGAGCCCUCCCGCCCGACAUUGCCGUUGGUCCGUCUUGGAGACCUCACUUACCCCAGUGUCACCCUCGUGCGACGCAGCCUUUCACUCUGGUUGUCAUCAUUGGGCCAAGUACUGCGGUCAACAGCUUUCUUGCGCCAACAUCCUUCUGCCGCGAUCCUGAUGUUUGCACUUAUACACUCCCGACUCCUUAGCUCUCUUUAUUCUCCGCUCUCUGCCCGACUCCUCUCUCUCUCACCAGUCAGGAUUGCAUAGUUACAUCCAGUCUCUCAGCUCCCUCAUCCCCUGGCUCGUCGUUCUCAGGCCCUCAUCCGCUCCUCGUAAUUGUCUUCACCAAUCCAUACCACAUCACUCUACUUCACAUCAACCCACCACGCAACCAGUAUGGCUCUUGCGCCAGUGGCAACAGUAGCAGCUUGUGGCAGUAUCCUCACUGCAGUCAAGUCAGGAUGGGAGCUCUCUCGGAUGAUCAAGAAGAAGGACCUUGAGAAGCGGCUGGACAAGGAGGCCAAGGUCGUUGUCCGCGAUCUCCAGAACGCCUACCUUGAUGGCCUCAUGUCGGAGAGGUCUUUCGAGAAGUGGUAUGACAGAGUAGUGGGUGCUCUGGCAGAAAAGGACGGUAUGGAGCUUCGCAAGGUCAAACAGCACAUCGAUCUCGUGCGGUCGUCCAAGGAUCGCAUCACACGCAGCAACACGCGGGCGAACCGCAACAGCAGCCGUGGCUACUACGACGACAGACAGUCCCACCACCACCACCGGCGGCCGCACUCGGUGGACCGGUACUCGGAGUACACACGCUACGAGGAGAAGGGGCGGCGCCCCAGGUUCGACCACGGCAGCCACCACAACCCGCACCUGGGCAUCAACACGGACAAGGCGCAGCGCGACUACUACUACUCGCACGCGCUGCCGUCGCCGUACAGGGGCGAGAUCGAGUACACGCCCCUGAACGCGGAGUUUGACGACGCGCGGAGCCACGCCGGCUCGGAGCGGAGCCGUCGCAGCAGGGGUGGUGGGGCAUCACAUCACCACCACCACGGCGGCGGCGGCGAGAGGAAGGAGGAGUUCGUGUCGCGGAGAAGCAGCGUCGUCGACCGGGGCCGGACGCGGUCGCGCAGCGUGCACCAGGAGCGGAGGGUGCGGGACAGCUCUGCGGAUGCCGACUCGGAGGCCGAGGAGGUGUAUGAGCGGCGGGAGUAUUUUCCUGCCAAAGGGGCGCGGGGCGGCUCGGGGAGGCAUCACUAGUAGGCGCCGCGGGGGGUCUCCUCCCCCCCUCGGCCGUCGCCGUGGGUGUGCCUCUUGGGAUGAUGCGAGAGGACGACGGCCCUUGGCGGGGCUUCACUAUCGUAGGGGAUCAUCAGUCUCGUCGGGCUCGAGACCACCAUCACCGCGGCCGUGCCCCCCGUCACCAUCUCAUGGUUACAGACUUAGCGGGAUGGAAGACAGGGGGAGGGGGAGGGGGAUGAGGCGGGUCAUGAUCGGCGACGAGGUCCGCCUCGUGCCGCGGGUGGUGCCGACGGAGGCCGAGGUUGAGCUGAUGCGGACCGGCGCCGGCGGCGGGGCCUUUCAUGACAUGGACGGGAUGUUGGACGUUGCUAUUGCCAUUGGGGACUUUGGGGAGGGGAUCGGCGCUGUGGGUGAGAUUUGCGAGGUCAUUGGGGCGUUUGGGGAUAUGGACUUGUAGCACUGCCGAGACUGGCCCCCCCCCACCCUUUUUUUUUUUUGGUUUAUCCUUUGCAUUCUAGUUUGGCGUAUACAAAAUGUUGUUUGAUAUUGUGUUAUGCCUUGAAUACCAACCACAUGUUGCUUUGCGUCGUUAAGUUCAUUUUAGUAUCAUUUUGGUAAAUGCAUUAUGGAAGGAAUGCUUCUCUCCUGAGCCAGCUGCUUGGCAAUGCGACCCCUUGCAGACCACACACACAGUUACCUGCCCCAGGGUAUGUAUCUAUUCAAGAUACUUGUUUGUUAUACUCACCGCUGGAAGUCUAGGCU